CGAAGAAGGUCAUGCAGGGGACUUGGCCAACCCUCUCAUCCCGCCACCUAAAUUUAGCCGAAACGAAACCAAGGCAAGGGAAAACCCGAGAUCCGAACGCGAGCUAGGCUUCCAUUUCAGCAUCUCUCUCUCGGGCGAAGAUGAUGCCGCGCCACGACUCUCAGAAUCCAUUGAUGUGGAUUCAGGAGCUCGAGCAGAGGAGCCAUCAGGUAGCACCUCUUAGCCGGCGCCCUCAGCAACGACCGCCAGGGGCUUCCCUUGCCUGCUGCCGCCGUCGAGAUGACCGGAGCCGGCGAGGCGCCAUUGCUCCGCCUCCGGAAGGUGUACCAUGAGCGCUGCCCCGGGUGCAGGCAGGAGAGGAAGGUGCAGACGGACGGCAGGAUACCCUACACGGACUUCCUCUUCAUUUGGAUCGCGUGCUUGUGUGCCGCCCUACCAAUCCAGUCACUGUUCCCUUAUCUAUACUUCAUGAUCAGGGACUUGAAUGUCGCGAAGGAAGAGCAAGACAUUGGGUUCUAUGCUGGUUUUGUAGGGGCAACUUAUUUCCUUGGGAGAACCAUCAGUGCUGUGCCAUGGGGCAUGUUUGCUGACAAAUAUGGGAGGAAGCCCUGCAUUGUGAUCAGUAUCCUUGCAGUGAUUGUGUUUAACACACUCUUCGGCCUCAGCACGAGUUACUGGAUGGCAAUUGUAACUAGGGGGCUACUUGGGUUACUCUGUGGUAUACUAGGACCAAUCAAGGCCUACGCAUCAGAAGUCUGCCGGAGAGAGCAUCAAGCUCUAGGAAUUUCCCUUGUUACAUCUUCACGAGCAAUAGCUCUUGUUGUUGGACCAGCCAUUGGAGGAUUUCUUGCACAGCCUGCAAAGAAGUACCCGAAUCUUUUCUCCGAGGAGUCUAUAUUUGGGAGGUUUCCAUACUUCCUCCCUUGCUUCGUCAUAUCCGUUCUAGCAGCAGGAGCAUGUGUUGCCUGCAUUUGGCUUCCGGAAACUCUGCACAUGCACCAUGAUGACGAAGUAGAAGCUAUUGACGCACUGGAGGAGCAAGUUGUUGCUCCGAACUUACAAGAUGCGAAAGCUAAUCAGUUUGGAUCAGGAAGAAUGUCAUCUACUAAGAGACUGCUAAAGAACUGGCAGUUGAUGUCAGCUAUAACGCUGUACUGUGUCUUCUCACUCCAUGAUACAGCUUACCUUGAGAUAUUUUCACUCUGGGCUGUGAGCAGCAGAAAAUACAGGGGACUGAGUCUUACAUCCCAGGAUGUUGGCACUGUGCUAGCUAUCUCGGGUUUUGGUGUUUUGGUGUAUCAACUUGUAAUUUAUCCGUUCCUUGCCAAGUAUGCUGGAUUAAUCAAGCCAUUCCGUUUUGCAGCGGUGUUAUCUGUACUUCUCCUGACAACAUAUCCAUUCAUGGCCAACCUAUAUGGCCUGGAGCUCAAAAUACUCAUCAACAUAGCUUCUCUUCUGAAGAAUAUGUUUGCGGCUACGAUUACAAUUGCAUGCAACAUUCUGCAGAACACUGCGGUGACACAAGAACAAAGAGGUGUAGCAAAUGGCAUCUCUGUGACUCUUAUGUCAAUCUUUAAAGCCGUAGCUCCAGCAGCAGCAGGAAUUCUGUUUUCGUGGGCUCAGAAGCACAUAACUGGGAUGUUCUUACCAGGUGACCAGAUCUUGUUCCUGAUGCUGAACAUGGUGUCGGUUAUUGGGCUUGCACUGUCGUUCAAGCCAUUUUUCUCUAUGCCGAGUGCGAUGCGAUGAUAUGGCCAUAGUUGUGCAUAUGUAGUUAGUUAAGUAAAAAACAGCGGCGCUGCCAGAUUGCAGGCCUGAACCUAAACUAAGUGAAUUCAUGUAUUGUAUCAUCACAUGUUUUUCUUAUUUUCGGCUGUGUAAUCAUAUGUGAUGAGUAUCUUGUUUUCUUUUUUUGUUGCCUAAACUUCGAGACACCGGAUUUGUGAUUGUGUGAUUGUACUGAUAAUUCAGUAACCAGAUCAGGCCUUCUUCCUGGAAUCCUGAUCGGUAGAGUAGCAGUUAUGUCUUCAACUCAA